AUGGCGCCCAGGUUUCAAAGCGUUGCUGUGAUUGGCGCUGGCCCAUCUGGCAUUUCUGCCGUCAAGGCACUGCAAGAAGAAAACACUUUCCAGAAAAUUCGUCUAUUCGAGCGACGGGGCCAUAUUGGAGGAAUUUGGGAAUACGACGAGAUCCCCGAUCAGUUCCCAUCCCAGGAAACGUCCCGGCAACAAAGUCAUGAAAUCCCAAGACGCCUUCCACUGCUCAAGUCCCCUUCUGCAGAAGAUGUCACGUCUCGGACAGGAAUCUACGAGGGACUUGACAGCAAUGUUGGAGCGAGAGUCAUGGCUUUCUCGCACACUCCAUUUCCUGAAAUAAAUUCGGCAUUGUCAACCAGGAAUUUGGGGCAUUCUAACCCCACCCGGCCGUUUCGGGUGGUGAGGAAAUACUUAGAGGAUGUGUUUCAAGACUACCUUCACCUCGCCUCGCUCAAUACAACAGUCGAAAAGGUUGAAAAGCGAGGUCAAAAAUGGACCUUGGUACUUCGUCAGUCUGGCCAUAAAGAUGGUAACACCGCCAAAGACUAUUGGUGGGAAGAGCAAUUUGAUGCCGUGAUCAUUGCAUCGGGGCAUUACAGUGUCCCAUCUGUUCCUUCCGUUCCAGGGCUGGAUGCUGCCUUCGCGCGCUAUCCGACCGUAUUCGAGCAUUCAAAGUCGUUCCGGACAGCAGACGAUUAUGUCAACAAGCGUGUGGUGGUGGUUGGAGGUAGCGUCUCCUCAGCAGAUCUUGUCGCAGACUUACAUGCCAUCGUGAAAGGGCCUCUCGAACUAUCGCAGAGGGGGAAGAACGAAGCGCUUCAAUCUGCAUGGGAUCUACCUAACGUCAAUCUUAGGCCAACGAUCAAAGAGAUCCAAGCAACAGAGAAAGGAGUCAGCGUCUUGUUCUCCGACAACAGCUUUUUAGAGGGCGUGGACAAAAUCAUUUUCGCUACUGGGUACAAGUUGUCUUAUCCAUUCCUCGUUCCAAACCCCGUGACCCCCAACAACCGGCUAUCGGGGUUUUACCAGCAUAUAUUCAAGAUCGGGGACCCGUCUUUAGCCCUCGUCGGCCAGGUUCGCGCUGCACUCAGCUUCCGUGUUUAUGAAUACCAGGCUGUUGCGAUUGCCCGAUAUUUUGCUGGCAGAAAUGCUGUCUCCUUGCCGACGCCGCAAGAGCAGGAUCUUUGGGAGGUCCAACGCCUUCAAUAUAAAGGCCAUACUGCCCUAUUUCAUGAAAUAAAGCCUGACUUUAAGGAAUACUUCGAUUUCUUGGCAGACUUAGCUGGCCCCCCAGCACCGGGAACGGGCGGUUACACUCUCCCACCUUGGGAGGAUAGAUGGGCAGAACAAGGAUUCGAGAUCCUGCAGCUAAAGGACAGGUACUGGAAGUCACUACGGAGAGCAGCGGAUGAAUUAGGGGUAGUGACGGCUAAACUUUGA